AUGAAGUCCCUCGCAACGAUCCGCAGCAACAUCGUGGAGUCGUUCCGGACCGACCCGAACAUUAAUAGGGUCAGGAGCUGGGUUGAACCCAUCCGUCGCCGCUUCCCGUCCGCCACUGCGGAAUAUAUCGCUGAAAAACUUCCCGUAGCUCAAUGGCUGCCGCACUACAACUACAGAUGGCUUCUUCAGGAUGUCAUUGGCGGCAUUACCAUUGGUGUCAUGCUGAUUCCGCAAGGCCUCGCCUACGCCAAGAUUGCGAAUAUCCCCGUCGAGCAUGGGCUCUACUCUAGUUGGCUGCCCUCGGCCCUCUACUUCUUCCUCGGCACCUCCAAAGGCAAGCAGAGAACUAUCCAAUCGCCUGUCGCGGAUCUCUCCAAGCAGGGCUACGAUCCGGCCAACAUAGCAUCUGCCAUGGCGUUUCUAGUCGGCGUCUACGCAUUGGCUAUUGGCUUGCUCAAACUCGGAUUUCUGCUUGAUUUCGUGUCUGGUCCAGUCUUGACGGGCUGGAUCUCUGCCGUGGCAUUCGUGAUUGGCCUCGGUCAAGUGGGCUCCCUCAUCGGUAUUGACACAGGCUCCGGCACCGUUACCAUUCUCCGUGAUGUACUCGGCCACCUGAACAGGAUCAAGCCGCUUACCUUGUGCAUUGGGCUUACAGGGAUUGCAAUGCUUUAUGCCCUCGAAUGGGUAGGCAGAACGUGGGGCAAAAAGAACAAGUGGCUCAAGUUUCUGAGCACCAGUCGUGCUGUGGUUGUGCUCGUCAUCUACACCAUCAUCUCGUUUCUGGUCAACAAAGAUCUCACCGUCAAGACAUACAAAUGGAAGGUCACUCAGGUCAAUACCCAUGGACUGCUCACGCCGCGUGCCCAUGAUGGCUCGCUCAUCCAGAAGAUGGCAUCCCGAUCCAUCGCGCCGCUCAUCGCCAUGGCUGUUGAACAUCUCGGCGUGGGAAAGGCGUUUGGUCUGCGAAAUAACUACAGCAUCGACAAGAGUCAAGAGCUGGUCUUCCUGGGCGCCACCAACAUUGCCAACAGCUUCUUUGGUGCCCAGACCUGCGGCGGCGCCAUGUCGCGAACUGCUGUCAAUUCAGAGUGCGGCGUCCACAGCCCGGUCAAUUUUCUCUUCACUGCUGGCUUCAUUAUUCUGACGCUAUACGAGCUCGCGCCUGCUUUGUACUGGAUUCCCAAAGCGACACUCUCCGCUAUCAUUAUCAUGGCUGUUGCCCAUCUUGUCUCUUCCCCUCGCCUAUUCUAUCGCUACUGGAGAAUGUCGUUUAUUGACUUUAUUGCAUCGAUGCUUGGCUUCUGGGUCACAUUGUUCACCACGACCGAAAUCGGUCUUGCCGUUGCCGUCGCCUUCAGCAUCGUCUACACACUGAUUCGCCUCGCCUUCCCUAGUUGGAUUGGCUUAUCACACAAGGACACUGAGACCGUUCACUGGUCUCCAGCAAAGCAUCACCCAGUCAGCAACGGCAUUGACGUUCCGGCUGAAGCAUAUCUGGUCAGAUUCACCGAAGAUUUGUUGUUUCCCAACGCAGAGCGCGUCAAAAACGCCAUCGUGGAGUCAGCCAAGAUACAAUUCGAGCCAGCCGGGUCCGCAGCCCGCGAUAUUCUCUCUGCGACUAGGAACUGGAACGUGGCCGGCACCAAGCGAAUCGACAAGAUUCGGCGAAGGAAGAACAUCAUCCCAAUUCGAUGCGAUAUUGUGCCCUUGCAUCACGUGGUACUUGAUUUUACCAUGGUCGGGUUUAUUGACGUUACCGGGCUGCUCUCGUUGAUUGAGCUCAAGAUGGAGCUUCGGCGAUACAUUGGCGCGGAUCUGGAAUUCAGGUUCAUCAACAUGGUCGACCAAGUGCAUGAGCGGUUCAAAAGGUCCGAGUGGGAGUUUUCUCAACAAGGAGAGCAGAGGACGGGCGAGGCAGACACCAUCUACAAAUCGCUCGAGGCGGCCUUGUUCCACCGCGACGGUGAUGAAAAGUCUGACAUCGUCUCAGAGAAGGCAUUGGAUGUGUGA